AUCACUUAUCAGAGGGGUAGCCGUGUUAGUCUGGAUCUGACAUAAUCACUGUGAGUCUGAAUCUGCAAUGGCAUUUGUAACUGAAGAACAGAUCCAACAGUUCCAUGAAGAUGGUUUCCUUGUUUUGGAAGAGUUUUUCACCACAGAAGAAUGUGAUGCCAUGAGGGAGCAAAUGCACAAGAUUAUAGCCAAGAUGGAUGUGCCACCCGACUGCCGUACAGAGUUCUCUACCAACGACGAGGAACAGCUCCAGGCACAGGGCAGUGCGGAUUAUUUUCUAACCAGUGGAGACAAGAUCAGAUUCUUCUUUGAGAAAGGAGUUUUUGAUGAAAAAGGUGACUUUCUUGUUUCAAAGGAGAAAUCUAUAAACAAGAUUGGCCACGCUUUGCAUGCUUACGAUCCCAUCUUCAAGAAAAUCACUCACUCCUCCAAAGUUCAGGAGUUGGGAAGAAAACUGGGCCUUGAGAAACCAGUGGUUGUCCAGAGUAUGUAUAUCUUUAAGCAACCUGGCAUUGGUGGUGAAGUGAGACCACACCAGGACGCCUCAUUUCUGUACACAGAGCCGCUGGGCAAGGUUCUGGGCCUCUGGAUAGCUCUGGAGAACACCACCCAGGAGAACGGCUGUCUAUGGUUCAUCCCUGGCUCUCACACCAAUGGCAUCACACGUAGAAUGGUCCGAGCCCCGCCAGGAACCAUACCAUGCACACAGUUCAUCGGCUCUGAGCGAACUUAUCAAGAUAGCCAGUUUAUUCCUGUGCCCAUCCGCAAAGGUGGCCUCAUUCUUAUCCAUGGAGAAGUUGUCCAUAAGAGUGAGUUGAACAGCUCAGAGUGGUCCCGCCAUGUGUACACUUUCCAUCUGAUGGAGACCAAAGACACCAGCUGGAGCAAAGAGAACUGGCUUCAGCCAACUCCUGAACUGCCUUUUCCUCCUCUCUACACCUAAAGCUAACAUUAGCCAU